CGCCACUGGGUGUCGCCGGUGCACGUCCAACAACUUGUCAACAUGCUGUACAAAUGUUCGGCUGCUAGCUUCGCCUGUGUGGUUGUCCGGAUGGCUGCUUUACCUUUAUAACUCGGAACAAUUCAGCACCUAAGGGAAUGACACUCCGAGGACCUCCGUAUUGUCAUACGGAGACAUGAUGGAAUAAAACACAACUUGACAAGAUGGAGAAGGUUGCGGACGAAAAUAGGGGCAUUGCGAUGGAGAGCAAAGUGACACCUGCUGAGCCAACUUUUCAUCCAAAGAGGAGAAACGAGUCAGCUGGGAAACACAACAGCUCAACUCGUCAUGGGAUCUUUGCACACCAGCACAAGCCAGCAGGCAACCAGGCUGGUCUGCAAUCCAAGCAGAGUCCGUCAAACAUUAACGGAGCGAUGACGGGAAAAGGAGGUGACUUGCCCUGGAGGCAUAGAGCGCAGUCAGAGGCGUCAACAAGGAGCGUGCAAAGCUCAGCAAACGCACAGAGAAGAGGUUGUGGAGACUCCAGAUUGGCCCCGACCUCGGCGAGGAGUUCAAAACCCGCUCAGGCUGACUUGGCCCGUUUUGAGGUGAAGAUAGCCGACUUUCCAGAGCUAGCUGCCGUCCCGCCAAGUAGUGCCGGCGCCCCGCUUGUUCUCACAAAGCGCUGGGGGCCAAAUCUUUCACCGGAGAGAUGCCAACAUCCCCCCAAGUGGGCAUCACCCGGGAUGGCCAUCAGGAAAUCAUCCCCAACUCUGCCUGACUCCCCAAAAACUGAUCAUCACAUCCUUGGCAACUCCUCAAGUCAACCAGGAGUGACGUCGUGGGCAAACGUUGCCUCGCAGCCGGCAAAAAAACCCUUACAGAAGGAAAAUGCAGUCAGCAGCCAAAUGCCGACGGAGGACACGGCCACACAGCCACAGGAGGGAAUGGCAGGGAAGAAAAAGCGAAAGAAAAAGAAGAAGAGAUCAAAAGACAUAGGCGAAGGUUCCGAAGCUGAGCCGGAAGAUUCAGCACUUCCACAGGAGCCUCCCAGGUUCGAGGAUGAAGAGGAGUUUCCAGGUCUGGCUCCAGCUCAGAUGUGGACACCGAGCAAAAACACUGUUAAGGAGAACCAGCAAAAUGAACCGUCCCCUUCCGCCCAAACACCGUCCACAGAGGCAGCAAAGAAAGCACAGAAAGCUGAGAAGACGUCUGGGAAGAAGAGCAAAGCUCCCGUGCAGCUGGACAUCGGCAACAUGCUGUCCGUCCUUCAAAGCCAGCAAAAAUCUCACAAGGCCAAGCAGAACGUCAUCUCAGUGGGUGGAGGACUUCCUGUCAGCCACAAGCAAGCAACACACCCCAAGAGGACGCCCAGGGAGCAGGACAAAAUAGCCCACAACCCCCUGGACUCCACCAGCCCCUUGGUGAAGAAAGGCAAGCAGAGGGAGGUGCCCAAAGCCAAGAAACCUACUGCUCUUAAGAAGGUCAUCCUCAAAGAAAGAGAGGAGAGGAAGCAGAGACGUUUACUGGAGGAGAGAGCUCCACUGCCUGAAAAUGAGUCCACAGUCAUACAGGACUUUGCAGAGAACGAACAGGGUGACGCAAGUCUGAUAGGUCAGAAGGAGGACUUGGAUUGUCUUUUGGGAGGUCAUGAACUGCAAGUAAGCACACAUGAAACGGAGACAGGGGAGGCUGACGAGCGGCAAAGCAUUCAGGGCGCUUCCAUCGCCACGCCCGAUCGACCCAAAAUCCACAGCAGGAAGUUCAGAGAGUACUGCAGCCAGAUGCUGAGCAAAGACGUGGACCAAUGCGUGACGUCGCUGCUGAGGGAGCUGGUUCGCUUCCAGGACCGCCUCUACCAGAAGGACCCUAUGAAGGCCCGCAUGAAGAGGCGCCUGGUCAUGGGCCUCCGAGAGGUACUGAAGCACCUGAAGCUCAGGAAGGUCAAGUGCGUCAUCAUCUCUCCCAACUGUGAGCGCGUCCAGGCCAAAGGAGGUCUGGAUGAGGCUCUUCACACCAUUAUCGACACUUGUCGGGACCAAGAAGUGCCCUUCGUCUUCGCCCUCUCCCGCAAAGCUUUAGGCCGCUGCGUCAACAAGACGGUGCCCGUCAGCCUGGUGGGCAUCUUCAACUACGACGGCGCACAGGACUACUAUCACAAGAUGAUAGAGUUGUCGUCCGAAGCCAGGCAAGCGUACGAGGCCAUGCUGGCAAGCGUGGAGCUGCAUGGGCGUGGAGAUCAGGACCCUGACCUGGAGGAGCAGAGCAUGGCCAAGCUGAGCGAGGCUGAGCAGUCGGAGCCAGAGUCAGAGGAGCCAGGAUACAGCCAAUUGUGGAGGAAACUGUUGGAGAAGGACUGCAACUUCGAAUUGUUGAACUUCAACACGUGGCCCAGCUUCACCCACUCGGACGGCGAAUGUAUCAAGCACACCGACGAAGACGAAAAGAGCUGACAUCGGCGAAGGUGCGGUGAGGUCCCUCAGCUCAAAUGUUUACCGGAAAUCAAGUUACCUGCAAACUUUCCGGGAUUAUCAAUGAAAGUAUUGGAUUUAAAGGAUGUCCAAACUUUGACAUUUGACCCCAGGAGGUCUCAUUGCUACAUUUUCUCACUGGUAAUUUCUCAUCAAGUCUUUUGAUGAGACUUUUACUUGUGACUUCACAGGACCAAGCCAAUCUCUCAAAUCCUAUAAUAUGAAUUUCCUUACGUUUUUUUUUUGGUUGACUGCAAUAUUUCUGUUAAAGUUGAAAUAGUGUGGGUUUUAGAAAUAAUUAUUUAAGAAGUAGCCAAGCUGUGAAAGUGUCAUCAUGAGUGGUCCUCAGGUGUGUGUGAAACAGACUGGAUCUGUAGAAGCCGUGAUAAAACACGCUUACUCUGGCUUAGCUUUGAUAAUAUCAUGUGUUAUUAGUGGCAGUCAUCGUUGGAAGGAAAUCACGUGAGUUUAAUGACAUUCAUGUGUGGAAAAAUAUCAAAUGAUUACAUAGAAAAUACAUUGGGGGUAAAAAAGGAAGCUAAUUAACUUUUCAAUAUUGGUGAUUUCUUUCAAAAAAGCUAUGAUAAAAUUGUGUUUUUAUGAAAUGGUUUUCAUAGCUUAGAUGAAUAUCUGCUAAGGCAUUACUGUGGUAACGGAAAGGUCUUAUUUUUUCUUUGCUUAACGUAGUUUAAGCUGUGUUUAACUUCUUUUGUUGAAUGAACUAAAUAUGAAAUGAAGAACAAA